AUGGCUUGGGUUCAGUCCAGCACGCAGAGUAGAAAUUCAGGUCCAGCACACAGGGCAGAAAUUCUGGGUCGUAGUAGACGAGUGAAAGAGAUGGGUAAGCAUGGCGGGUCCACUGCAAUCCUCCGUUCUUUAUUUUUGGCUUUCUUCUUUCCUCGCACUUAUCGUAAGACGAAGAAAUCCAUUGCCAAUUUGAAUGCUAACGGAAACGGGACAAACGGCAACGGAUGGUGGCAAAGGGAAUGGGCCCACACCUGCCAUACUAAGCGGUCAACGCUUAGUGUGUGCUGUUUAAGGGUGGCCGUAUCUUUCUUACAAUCACUUAACUGGUCAUUGCCAUCUAGAGUAACCUUACCCAAGUAUUUUGGCUAUCUAGAUUUGCACAAUAAUAGCUUAAAAGGUGCUCGUCCUCUUCCUCUCGCUGGAGCUUAUCUGCUGGAUCUGUCGAUGAAUCAGUUUAAUGGUUCUAUUCCUAGUCACAUCGGUGCGUAUCUUGAAAAUGCAAGGUUCUUAUCCUUGUCGCGGAAUAAUCUCAGCGGAGCGAUUCCAGAUUCUAUUUGCACUCCAUAUUUGGAGGUUCUUGACCUUUCAAAAAAUACGCUGAGCAGUGUCAUUCCUCCUCAUUUAACCAGGAAUAGUUCUUCUCUUAGUGUUCUAGAUUUGGCAGAAAAUCAUCUGGAAGGUAAAUUGCCAGCAGAGUGGGGCAACAUUACAAAGAUUCAUACAUUGAAGCUCAAUGGACCCAUUCCAAGAAACCUUACAAAUUUGCUCGCAAUGGUCAAUGCAUCGCAAAGUAAUCCAGACUAUCUCGAAGAAUACACUUCAAUUGGUGCUACAUAUACAAAUCAGAUUAAAAUUUCCUGGAAAGGUUGGGAUGUUGAAUUUGUGAAAGUUCUUUUCAUUCUUAAAUGUAUUGAUCUUUCAAACAACUUAUUAUCUGGGAGCAUUCCUCCCGAAAUGGGAUCUCUUCAAGGCUUGAUAGCCCUUAACCUUUCAAGGAAUCAUCUCAGUGGCCGAAUCCCAAAAACAUUGGGACGCAUGGAUCAGCUAGAGUCUUGGCCGAAUCCCAAAAACAUUGGGACGCAUGGAUCAGCUAGAGUCUUUGGACCUCUCGCUAAACAGGCUGAAUGGUAA